CUCGCAGACUGUGUACGGCUGGGCUGGCAGCCAAUCAGCCACGACAUGAUACCAAAGGCUGUUUCUUGCAUACGCGGAUGCGGAGUCGCAAGAGGCAGAUCUGCACCACGUCUCUGCAGACGCUUCAAGCAGCGAUGCGCUCCCAGGAUUCUUCCGGACACUUGCGCAUUUCUGAUGUGUUUGCAACGAGAAAGACGCACGUCACACUCACCUUGGCCAGUAUCGUACAACACACAACUCGCAUCGAGCUGCUCCAUUCCAGCUAUAAUACAGCCAGCCACACCAACCAAACGGACAUUUCCCAGUGUCGACAACAGCCAUUGUCCCAAGAACGAGGGGCACAGCGUUCCCAGAGCGUCCCUCCAACAAGCGUCCGAUCUCUACUACGCCAUGUUCCAACCAUGGCUGCCAGGUGUUUAGCAGAUCAGGGUCAGUCGACAUGCCGCCUUGGCCACGGCACGCACUUAAGACGUGGACGAGUGAUUGGACUUGAAGACGAGUGUACAGAAACCGCGGAGGCAGAGAUGCUUGCCCGAUAUGGACAGCACCUUGGGACAACAUGUGGUGGCGGCCUCGACGUCCCGCCUUCACCAAACUCGCAACCCAUGUUCCUGCCCUCGUCGGUCGACUUCUCCACUCUGGGGCUGACGUGCUCUGUGUUUCGGGUAUCAUCAAGGAUAAUCGAGAAUGAUGCGAGCAGCCUGCGCAGAAGCGCAAUUGGUGCGUCAAUUGAUAGGCGGCUGUCUGCAAUUCUCUCCGCCUGCCAUGCCAUGCUGUCAACCCCAGACUGACGCAUCCGCGUCCUUGUCGGCGUGCGUCGGGGCUGGCAUGGACGAGGGGCUUGGUGCCGCUCCGCGUUAUCAAAAAGUGGCCUGGUAGAGAUGGAGGCAGAUGCAGAGGCUUCCGUGGCUGCGUGGACUAGUGCUAGGCCCUAUCGUCUCGCUACCAUGGCCAGCUAGAGCAUCGCAAUCGUAGUACACAAGCCGGUUAUAAGAGUUGGGG